UUGACAGUUCCGGUAGAACUAUUUGUAGUAUAUUGUCAAAAUGGCUAUACGUUAGGUGUUUCGGUUAAAAAAACUCCUUAAAUUCCCAUUUACAUAUUAAAUUAUACUAUUUUAAUACACGCCGAAUAAACCUUUUCCUCGCAUUAUGUAUUAUAUGCGGAUGUGUGGUAUAAAAUAAAAAACCGUGUGUUGUGAUUAAUUCAGCAAAUUUAGUGUAGGGUGAAUUUUGCAUCAAAACGAGGGUUGUUGGCGUGCGGUUCUUGAAGAAAAAUAACGGGAAAUCAGUUAAAUUUUUAUGUUAGUUCCCGUAUUGCGGAACAGGCGAACGGAGGGUAACCUUAUUUGUCAAAUGUCGUCGAAGUGUUGAUGAAAAAAACGGGAUAAUAAAUGUACGAAAUAUACGUUGUUUGCGAGUAAUUUUGGGGCGUGUGGGCGAUAAAUAAUCGAAAAAUAUAAGUAGUUUAACUUCAAAAUUUCCGGUAUUACUUUUUCGAUUUAUUCGCCAUCAUGGCAUACGUGUGUCCUAAGGAUUUGGAUGGGUUUUUACCGCUUCUAUCGAAAGCCGACACAAAAUUUCGACAACAAGUCGGACAGGAUCUUCUUUCUUACCUUGCGGAACCUUCUAAUUCAAUUUUGUGUCAGGAUAUUGGCCAAUUUAUUGAUGGUCUUAUACCAUGGAUGCAAAGCAGUAAUUAUAAGGUUUCCAGCAAUGGCAUCGAGGUGAUGACAUACCUCGUGGAUAGAUUAGGACAUGAUUUCCGGCCAUACUUACAAACAGUGUUGCCAGCCGUCGUGGACCGACUCGGCGACGCCAAAGACACCGUACGAGAGAAAGCGCAACUUUUGAUAUUGAAAAUUUUGGAACGCGAAGUGUUGACCCCGCAAAGUUUAUUGGACAAAUUGACCCCGAGUUUUUCGCAUAAGAACGCAAAAAUUAGAGAGGAGGUGCUUCGAUGUUUAGUUAACACACUCAAUGAACAUGGAGCUCAAACAGUCUCAUUAAAUAAAUUAAUUCCACAUAUUGUAAAAUUACUUUCGGAUUCAACAGUGACAGUACGUGACACCGCUUUUUCUACUAUGGUAGAUCUGUAUAAACACGUUGGUGAUAAAUUGCGAAUAGACAUCCAAAGAAGAAAUUUGAUACCUACGGCUAAACUUCCUGUCCUCCUGGCACGAUUCGAAGAAGUAAAAAGCGCCGGGGAAUUAUUACCGACAGCCGCUACAAAUAUUGAUUUUUUUACUGACGAAGUGGAUAAAGCUGUUAUGGCAAAACCAGCAGUGCCAGUUAAAAAGUUAGGAUUAGGUGCUGUUUGUAGGAAUCCUUCAUCAGCUAGUGCUCGACAAGCUGCUUCUUCACCAGCCAUUACGUCAGGUAGGUUCAAAUUUUGUAAGUAUAAAUGUUGUUUUAAUUUGUGUAACUUGUGACUGGUUAUCUAUGAGAUAUGUAAAUCUAAAUAACACCAAUAAAUUUAAGAAGGGGAA